AUGCUCAAUGUUCUAUUGAGUAAGAACAGAAUAAUUAAAUUAUGGAAGAUUUAGAUUUUUUUUCAAUGUCAUUUUUAAUUAAAUUAUUAGAAAGAGUUUAAUAAUUAAGUUUAAGAAAAUAAAAAUUUGCUUCAAGAAAAUUCGUUUUAUUAAAACUAUGGAUGGGUUGGAUUAUAAAUAAACCUUUUAGAUAAUGUUUUAAAAAAAACUAUAGUUAAAUUUAGAUUAAAUGGACUAAAACAUUAUAACUAAUCUUAAAUCAUUGAUAAUUUUGAUAAUAUUAUAUAAUUUCCGAUUGAUUAUUUAUAAAAAUAAAUAUCUAAUAAUGUCAAUUAAACUUUAGUUGAUGAAAUCAAAUAAUUUUAAAUUUAAUAAAACAAAAUUAUAGAGCUAAAUAUUUCUCAAAGUGUUUAGAUUAUUUUGUAAAAAUUAGAAAAAUAAAUAAUUUUUGAAAAAGGUAAUGAAUAUAAAUAAUAAUUAGAAAUAAAUUACUAAAAAAAUGGUUAUAAUAAACUAAAUAAUAUUAUAUAUAAUUGUAUUGGAAUUCUGAAAAGCUUGAGUAUUUAAACUAAUAUUAACUUAACAAAAAACGAAUACAUUAAUAAUUUAGCUAUAAGUAUUUAUGAUUAAAAUUUAGAGCAUUUUCAUGAAAUUAAUGAAUUGAUUUUAUCAAUUAUAGACAAAUAAAAUCGUAAUAACUAAAGGUGA